AUGAGUUCGGAUGGGUACUAUCUGGCCGCGGUAACUGACAACAAUCUGGUCUGCAUUUGGCGUUAUGCCCCACCACCACAACAACAGCAACAACAACCACAGCAGGCUUACCAUACACAGGCAGCUCCAUCCGUGCUCGGUACUAUCGGUCAGCAAGCACCAACUGCGGUACGCCUGCUUGCCUCAUCCUCCUCCGUGGCCGCUUCCACAGCCCUGACCACCGUUUCUUCGGACCAUAUGUCCACUGUGGCCAUGGAUUCUGUCCUGACUCAAGCCGAUUUGAGUCACAUUGACCUUUCUAAUACUCACACGUUCUCCGCAUAG